AUGAUCUCGUGUGCGAGGCAGCAGAGCCGGCUGGGAGAGGCCGGCAGAGGCCCCAGGUCCAGUUCUCCUCUGUUGGUUCUGGCUUCCCCAGGGAGCUGCUCUGAAAUCCUCUCCUCCGUGCCUUGUGCUGCUGCUGCUGCUGCUGCUGAGGCUGCUGCUGCUGCUAUGUACCCGGCUGGAACUGGGGUGGCUGACUCUCUGCUUCGAAAGAAAGAGCAGAAAGAUGAAGAACUGGACAGGAGAAUUAUGGCACUGAGAAGGAAGAACCAAGCAUUACUGCGCAGGUACCAGGAGAUUGAGGAAGACCGGAGGCAAGCAGAGCAGGGUGGCAUGGCUGUGACGGCUCCUCGGCCACACCGAACGGAUGGACUUACCAUUACCAUUACCAAGGCUCAUAGCGAGAAGCGGGUGGUUUGUGAUAGGAGAGCAAGCAGUCAUUCCAACAGCCCAGGAGCAAAGAAUGAAGAGGACCUUGGGGAACUGGAGGAAGAAGAGGAUGAGGACGAUCACACCUUUACCUUCCGCCUGGGGAAGAGAGUUCAGCUGGCAGUGACCAUGGAGAAUAAAGCCAAGGGCAAACGGAUUGUGUCAACGAAGGUUAUGGACCCAGAAGAGGAAGGCCCUUCAAGAGGGGGCUCCAAUCUAGGAAGUCCCAUGCAAAUAGCAAUCACUAUGGAUCCUGGACAAAAGGCUAUGGGACUAGGGUCCCAGGAAUUGGGGAGGGAUUAUGCUCGAUGGAAACAAGAGAGGGAGCAGAUUGACCUUGCACGCCUGGCACGGCACCGAGAUGCUCAGGGGGAGUGGCGUCGCCCUUGGGACCUAGACAAGUCUAUACAUACGUUUCAGGAUGCCAGCAAAGUCGGGAAUCUGAGCUUUCCAAUGGGGAGCAGAAAAAAGGGACCCAAGAACUACCGGAAGUUCCAGCUUCGGCCAUUGCUCCCUGAUGAAAGAGGUGGUGGUGCUUACAGUGGGAACCUAGGUAAACCCAAGGUGGUACCAGCCAUGAGCAGUAAAGCCCGUGGGAAGGACAGGCUAACUGGCCGAGCCCGCAGGUGGGACGUGAAAGAGGCAGAAGAACAAACCUGUCUCAAGUUGGAGUUAGAGAAUCAGGGACUUCACAAAACGAAGAGGACACAGAAUGAGGAGGACGACACACAGAAACAAGGGAGUCUGGAACACAGUGACUAUUGUAGUGUUCUGGGGCCUAUCACAAGCCUGGCAAGCCUGGAUGGGCACCAGAGAGAAGAAGACAAGCUCAGCAGUGGCAACCCAGUGUCCACUUUAGACAGGUCUUCCCGGAAGAUUGUGCCUGUGCUUCCUUUCUUCUCCCCAGGAGAUGCUAACAGCCCUGUGCCCAGGGCAAGUGGGAGCAAUAAGCCCACUGCAAAAGCUAGUGUCAAAGAGAUACACCUCUUCUUUCCUGACACUUCAGAUCAGGCCCAGAAACUAAGCGAUGAUAUGGCAGAGCUGUGCCUCCAAGAGAUCCCUGAACUACUGAAGACAAGUUCCCCGGAACCCAGUGAAGAUAGUUCAGACCAGACUAGCAUUCAGGAGCAGCUUGGCACAGUUAAACAGUCCAUCCAGAAAAACCAACCAGAGGAAGAGAGUGAUGAGAGUUGUGAUGAACAGGACCAAGAUUAACCCUUCCCCCCCCAGAAGAUGGAAAUGCCAUCUGCUGCCUGAGGAAAACCAGAGGGCUAUCUGAAGUGCCUUGACUCUUCUCGUCCAAAAGAAUGUCAGAUACACCUGCAUGCCCUAGAUGUUAAAAUAAGUUAGGAAGCUCUGGGCUUGGAAAAGGAAAUCAAUAUGCCCUCAAUAACUUAUUCUCACAAAUCACAGGAUGUGUUAUUCACACCCACAAAGCCAGUUACAUUUUGCCAAAUGUAGCUGCUACAAUUGCUGUAGCAGCCAAUAUGAUAGGUAUGGCUGUGAUUUGUCAUGGAAUAGCAAAUUCAGAAAUACCUCUAUCCCUGGGCGGCAUUCAUUCUAAGUAGCUGCACCAGUUCUAAAAUGCAGGCUCUAUCUUUUCGGUUUCUCUAGAGGAAACAAGUCAUUUCCCGUAGCUCUACUUGAGAUUUCAAAAUAUGGUGAGUGAAACAAACAUUAAGUGGAGUGCCCACUAUUUGAGAAUUUGCCGCUGGAACCAGAGAACCACAAAACAGAGAUGGAGGAGCUUCCAAUGUAGUAGCGUCACAACAGGUAUACUAUUAGGAUUUUUAGAAAGAGAUUUAUGCUCUAAGUUAUAUGCUCUGUAAACCCUAUGGAGAAAUACUUUUCUCUACCUCAGAUCAAUGGAGAAAAUUUUUCAAAGCAGAAACUCAUAGCCUUAGCAGCUCAGGGAAAUCUCUAAACCAAAUUUCACUUAGUUGUGUUUUUUUUUUCCUGGAUACCUGAGAAUAAAAGCAUAACUUCGAACACACCCACCCACCCACACUCAAAUGGUCCUCGUAUGUCAGGUACCAAACAGACUCAAAAAGAAAGCCAAUUCCUUGGCUUAAACCUCUCCCUGCUGACUUGAGAGUUAAUGGGCAUUUGUGCAACUAGGAUUCCAACCCCUGAAAAUAAGCUCUUUGCAUUCAGUACUCCCCCGCCGAUUGGGCCCUGUCUUGGUGGAACAAUUCCCUUCUAAUUAGACAGCAGGGACCUGCAUAUCGCACAGUACAGACUGCUGUCAUGUGCCACAAUGUGUGAAGCUGUGUACAGCUGUAGAAGCAACAUGUAACCAUCUCGAGAGAGAGAGAAGGGGCUGCCUGAAAGAACUAAGUAACUCCUUCCCUCCUCCUUUGCUCUGCCUUACUCAGCCCUCUAACAAAAUGUUAUUGUGUGGGUUGAAGAGGAGAAUAAAAGCAGGGCGGACCUUUUUCAAGCCUCCCCGCAGACUACAAGGUGAUGUCAAAGCCCAGAGGCUGCCCCCCAGCAGCUCUUGUGAAGCACAAGCCUCAGGGGGCCCCUCUGACACUGGCUCUCAGUUCUACUUUUGUACUGGGCAGCAUUUCUCUCACAAUGGGUUGAUUUGAAUUGCUUCCCCUAUACUUUGCUGCGUGCCUAAUCCCUUAUGUUUGUACCUUCUUAUCCUGCCUUUCCAAAACUGCCUUUUAAGGUUUCUGAAGUUGGCCCUCCCUCCCUCUCCCCUUAAAGAUAAAGCCAGGAAGUGGCACCCUCCUCCUUCCCCUCCCCCGGGCCAGAACUGCCCUGUGGUGUCAGUGGGUUUCUAAGUCCUCACCAUUUGAACCUCUUAAGAGAAAUAGAACUUAAAAGGGAGAAAAGCAGUAAUGGUAUCAGAAGAAUUUGAGGCUUACCUCAACUACCACCUUGUCAAGCUAGCCUCCCAGGCUCAUCACUAAAGUUGAAGCUGCCAGUGAAGCUUGGGCACUUUGGCUGUUACCAGAGCAGAAGACACUUUUGCAUCUUGGGGAUCCACACCUAAUUCCCAAGAUUUUAAGAAUGCAUCAGGUCUAAAGUGAAAUGAUCUCUUCCUUUAUUGAUCAAUCUAGUCAGAACCCUCAGAUGACCCCUGUUCCGCCCCCCCCCCCCAAAUCCUUUCAAAACUGCUCUGUCUUCAUCUGAAGAUAGCCUUUUCCUGGUCUCUGCCUUUUUUUUUUUCCUCUCCAAGUUACCUGAAAAAAAAAAUUAAAACAUUCUCACACAGGUUUAGGCAGAGUUCUUAGAAUGUAUUUUUGUUCACCUGAAAAAUAAAACUUUUAAAAAAUA